AUGGCUUAUGUCCUAUCGCUUCCCACCAGAAGUCCAUGGGAGCAAGCGUUUCUUGAGCCACCUUGCCUGAGAUCUCGAGUUUCUAUACUGAGCCAGAUCUCCACGGAAACCAUCCAACAUUCUCCACAACGAAGGCAGUCUCUGAGCUGGCCACUCACAGAUGAUUCCACAAGACUAGCUUCGAGUACAGUGCUAAAUUAUAUUUACAACUUCAAUCUCUCGCCCAAACGGCCCCGCACAGGCAGCACCUUGUCAACGCUGAGAGAUUUGACCUUCUCGGGGGUGGAAAAUAGGGAAAAUAACAAUAACAGCUCUCGAGAUUCUAUUGAUAAGCCAGUAGAUGAAUUUCAGAAGUCCACAACUCCUUUGCCCUCUCCAGAAGGGGCAACGUGCGAAAAAGAACGCGAUUUGGCUUCUGAACCUUUUCAGUACACUCUCUCCGGUUCUCACGAGCAGCCCGUCAUCCAAUCUCCUUUCAAGCGAUGGCUAAGCACACUCCGAAGGAGGCAUAGUCUUGGAACAUUCAUGCCUGAUCGCGAUCCUUGGCUGGAUCGAACAAGCACCUCACGCCUCGGGCACCACAAAGCUAGCUCAUUCAGCUCAUCAAUUGGCUUUCUGACUGCUGUUAAAUCGGCAAACUUGACUUUGGCAGGAACAAGCAUCGCGCCGACGUCGAAACAUGGCAGAAAACCCCACGUGAACAGUGACAACACAAGUAUCAGCUGUCAUGGUCCCCGAGCAUCAGUGGAAAGCAAUACAGGAUCUAUUGAGCCCACUCUUGAUGGGCAGGCAUGGUUUCGCUCAAUCCAGAGACGGAACAUCGUUGAUGAAAUUCUAAGUUCUGAAGAAAGCUACAUUUCUGACAUGAAAGCCAUGAUUCACAUCUACUUCACUCUUCUUGCUUCUGCACCGCCUGUGUCACUUCGACGGAAAGAGAUGAUCCAGAAAUCGUUGAGUCAGAUUAUUCAGCUUCACGAAGAUCUCUUGGGGGAAUUGCAACGAGUAGUUCCAAGUCGAGCCGAAUCAACACAACGACUUACCCUACAGCACCAGACAGAUGAGUCGCGCCAUACGAGAUGGCACAGCUUUGACAAUGGGCAAAAGUCUGGACAAAUUCCCGAAUUUCGUCACCGGUUUCAACGCUCAGUCGACUUGAGCAGGUCUCCUUCCCCAAUUGCACGCUCAAUGGUUAUGACUACGAACACAGUUCAUGAUGUUGCCAAGGUCUUUGAUCGCUUUGCGAGGCGAUUUCUUGCCUACGAAGCGUAUGUAGCCCAUCAUGGAAUUAUUCAGGAAGAGGCAAACAUCACGUCGAAGUUCAUUCCCUCAUGGACGGCAUAUGAGAGAGGUGUGGAAGCCUUGAAUGUUUCAACUACAUCCAUAGAACACAAGGAUGCGUGUAGCAGGAAAGGCUUGACGUUAUCAGAUCUGGGUAUCAAGCCCAUUCAACGAAUUUGCAAGUAUCCGCUAUUCUUUGCGGAGCUUUGCAAGCACACGCCAGCUUGCGACGAUCCAAUUGUCCAUGCAGAGCUCGAGAAGGUAUUAUCUCGACUCCAAGAAACUGCUGAAGAAAUAAACUAUGCAAUGGACAACCCUCAAAUGCGACAUCUUACCGAAAGUAGCUGGCUUCUUCAGGACCGUCUGGUCUUCCGGGAAGGAGUACAGCUCUCCAAUUUCUCAAAAUAA